CACGUGAUGCAUAAUGAGCCGAAUUUGGGCGGGAAUCUAAAGGCAGUCGUCUGCACGCUCUCAGUCUUUGUUCGCGUUCGAGGAAGCAGCUUUGGUUGUGUGAAAGAAAUAAUUUGAAGAUCACCAAACGUCAGCAUGCCUGGAACUAAGGAAGAAGUUGAGGUCGAGAGCACCGAGACCGUUCCAGAAAUCAAGGGAAAGACCGUGGAGGAUGUGAAAGCUAAGAUUGAACAGGCUGAAAAAAAAGAAGAAGCAGAAUCAACAGAAGAAAAAACAGACAACGCAGAGGAAAACACAAACGAUAACGCAUCUACAGACCAAUCUGAAACAACAGAAGCUACAACAGAUGUCACCGAAACGGCAGCUGCAGAAAAAAGAAGUGCAGAAGAGGAGACAGCUGAAGAUGAGAGUCCAACCAAAAAAGUGAAAAAAGCAGAGGAGGAAGAAGAAAGUGAAAAGGCAGAGGAGGAAAACGAAGAAUCUGCCUAAAUCGUGGCUAGUGUGAAAGUGUAGACAUGUUUCUUUUGGAUUUCAAGAGCUAGCUGUAAAAUUUUCAUGGUCUCAUUUUACUGUGUUCUGUUCAACUUGUUCGUAAAAAUAAAAUGUUCAUUUUUGUUUCA